GUUGCAUAUAGUUAGUCAAAACUUUUGUCAUUUUGAGAGAAAGGAAUUUCUUAAGCAUUUACAGGGAAGGGAACCAGUUCUAAGGAUAAAUCUUUUAAUUUAGCUUUGGAAUAUCAUACAUAUUCUCUUAUGCCAUUUAAAUUAAUGAUUUUUUCAUAGUAAAAAAUUGCUUUUUUUGAGCUAAUCCAAACUGAAAUUAGACAAAUGAGUCCAGAAUAUGUUAAAUGAUAGAUUAGGGACAAAAAUGAAUACUAAGAGAAUAUUAUUUGAAGCUAUAAUACAGAAUAAUAGUUUUCAUUCAAACAAGGACAGUAAGUUUUGUAAUCUUUUUCCUUCCCAGAUUUUUGAGGAUGUGCGUUUUUGAAAAAGUUUUUUCUUUUUGAAAAAUAAUAUCUGUGGACUGGGAUUAUUUGAGUAUUUAGAACCAUUUCAAUAUAAUUCUUCAUUCUGGAAAGGUCCUACUUUGCAAAAUUGUUAAGUUUUUUUUUAAUGGAUUUAAAGUUAUCAGUAUUGCUAGUAUUGAAUCAAAGUAUACAUUUGAUUUUAAAAGUUGUAACUUGAUUAACAUAUUUGAAAGUGACUUAAUUUCCUAAUUUGGAAAGAUAAUCUCAAUGUAUCAACAAAGCAGUAAGGAAAAAAAGACAAUAUGUAAGGACUAUUAAAAGUUGGUUUGUAAAUUAGGUUUUUAUUCCUCAUCUCCCUGCAUGACUCAUCUUAUCUCUUGCCCCCCAGUCAGAAGGGAAGUGAAGGGUGCUGCUGUUGGACUGCACCCUCAACUAGCAUAGGCUAUUAGCCUGGUACAAGGCUGUUGCAAAGUAAUAAAAUGACCAUCUCUGAAACUCCCCUCCCUGCAAUACAUAGACUUACUUACUGAGAAAGACAAUACCAGGUCUGGCCACUUGGGUGCACUAUAGAAACCCUUGGAAAGGCUGAAAUUUGUGUUUUACACUGUUUUGCCCAAGUCCUGAAUUAAAAAGAGACUUUCUUUAAUCCAGGUAUAGAUUCUGUCAGUAGAGUAGAGCUUGAAAAAUGGCUUUGAACUUGGUCUAUAGUGUCAUAAUCUGAUAAUGUGAAGCCCAUUUUUAUAUAUUUGUAGUUCCUCAUUGGCCUAUUCAUCAUCCUAAUUUUAGUCUUCUAAUUUGACCAAUUCUUAAUCCUAAUAUUCAGCAUGCAUUUUUGCCUGUUGUUAAAACUGCCUUUAAAUGUCAAGGGGAAAUGCAUAAUUUUGAGUUUAUUUUGUUGGUUUUAUUUACAUUAUAAAUAUAUUAAAUAUAAAUUUUGUCUCAUUUGUUCAUCGGAUUAUAGAAAUGUAUUUGGUAUAGUUUUAUUUACAUUUAUAAUAGAAUUAAAAGCAUUUUCCAAUUAGGAGUAGACCUCUUUUUGUUGAGUAAUAGCUCCUAGUAAAUGUUAUUAAUUUUGGGAUGUUAGAUAAUUUCUAGGAAUCAAAUUGACAUUAAUUCCCUUUUAAAAAAUUAGUUUUAUUCAUGCACUUCAUUUCAGCAGACUCUUUUUGUAAAAACAUGGAGGAGCAUCAGUUAAAUAAAACCAGCUAGCAUUUUAUAUCUGAUAGCACAUGCAGCUUUCCUUGACUAGUCUACCACAGGGAAAGGAGAAAAAGAGGGAGGUGUUUUUUUCUAGAGCCCAUCUGUGUCAUUAUUACAUAGUAUUCACUUUUGUUUUUUCUUUUUAUUUACAUUGUUAUAGUCUUUGUAUAUAUUGUUUCUUUUAUUCUGUUUCAUUCUGCCUCUCUCCAUAUGUUUUAAGUUCCUUAUAUUGGUCUUUUCUUAGAGAAGAGCAAUAUUCCAUUUCAUUCAUGUACUGCAAUUUGUUUUCCUAUUCCUUAACUAUUGAUAAUCCAUGUUUUUGCUACCAUAAAAGUGCCAUUAUUAAUAUGUUGUUAUAUAUGGGACCUUUCUUUUGUCUUUGAUAGCUAUAGGAUUUUUGGAUCAAAGCAAAAAUCAUGUUUUAAAAAUAUGUUUUUGUGAUAUCUUCUAUAUUGGCAUUGCUAAGUUUCCCACUGUAUCCCAAAGAGCCAUCUCUUAACUUGAAAAGAAGGUGUGGGGGAGUCAACAAAACUAAUCAAUAUAUUGGAAAAAAAUCUGACAUGCAAUGUUUUGCCCACAGAAACCCCUCACCCCCACUUCUUUUAUCUUUUCAAAGGAAAGAUGUUAUAUCUCUUCUUUGGAGGCAUGCAUAUUUCUUCAUAGUUUCACAAUAUUUAUCUAUUUUGUGGCGGGUGAUUAUUCCAUACAUUGAUGUAAAUGUAAGAGUGAACAAGUAUAUAAUUUUUCUGACUCUGCUUACUUAAUUUUGGAAAAUUUUGAUGAUUUUCCAUAAUUUUCUAUAUACAUCAUAUUCAUGGUUUCUUCUAUCAGUAAUAUUUCAUAACAUGUAGCAUAAUUUUUUUAUCAUAAAUGAUUGGCAUCUACUUUGAUUCUAGUUCUUUGUCACCACAAAACUGCUCCUAUAUUUUGGUUCCAUUAUAUUUGGAGGUCUUUGUCUUUGACCUCCUUGAGAUAUAUUCAUAGUAGUGGAAUGUCUGAGGCAAAGGGUAUGGACAUUUUAGCCACUUUAUUUGCAUGAGUCCACAUUGCUUUCCAAAGUAGCACAAUAACAAUACAUUGAUGAUGCCCGAUAUCCAUCAAUAUCCUCUUUGACUUUUUCUGUUAACUAGCUUUUGGUGAAUUAGGUGGGAGUACACCAUUAGAUGGAGUGUAAUGCUUUCAAUAUUAAAAUGUAAAUGAGAAGUUCCUAAAAUUUUUAAACAUUAAAAUAUCAGGAUUAUUUUUAAGGAGGUUAUUUUUAAUGUGUAGCUUUGAAUAAUAAGGAUAAUACAAAUAAGAUGAAAUGCAUCCAGGUGAGGAAGGGAGAGAAUUGAUAGUUCAAGAACUCUUUUCUUCCUAUUCAUUUCCAGUCAUCCUCUCCUUUUAUAGAGAAUCAGUCAGUAAAGAAUGAAUGACCAGAAGGGGCAACUGAGAGGAAGGAUUUACAUGGACUUGGAAACAGCAACUAGUUUUAAGAACAAAGGCCAGAGAGAAAGUUGACAGGAGCAGAGCCAGAGUGAUAACAGUCAAGUUGCUCUUUGUUAGUUGCUGUGCCCCUGUUGUAACUUAAAGUCAGAAGUUAAAAGAGAUGUGCUUGUAGACCCAGUGGGAAGAAAAAUAAUCUUUUCAGAGAUCCAAAGUAGGGCUAAAAGCAAUGACUUGACUCUAGGUUGUACUAUUUAGAUUCUAAACUCCAAGGUCACAUGGCUUGAUGAAAGGGAGAGUGACUAGGCAGGCACAAACCAACUGAACCAUCUAAAUCUGUACACUUUUGAAAUAAGUUGUGCUCGACACUUGUAUGCAAAAUAAAAGAGAAAGGACUAUAUUGUAUAAGUUUCCUUGAAAUGCUUGACAACUUCUGUCUCUUUAUCUUUAAUAAUAUGUAUUAUGCAUAAUAUAUUAUUUAUAAUAAUAUAUAUUAAUAAAAUAACUAAUGAACCUUAAUUUCUCACUUAAUAAGUGUAUGUUAAUUUUGGGGGGGUGGUAGAGUAGGAUUGGGGGCACAAAUCAGAAUUUGUUUUGAAGGGCAAAUUGGCCAUUUGAUCAGUUGAGUUAAAUAUAGAUUUUGGAAUGUAUUGUUUUCUCUGCCUCGUUUGGAUCUUCUUUUUAAUAUUAUCUUUUCCUUUUGCCCCUCAAAAAAACAGACUCAUCACAAAAAGUUCUGCACCUAAACUAUACAGUCACUUUUGCAAAAAUGCAUCAAAUGUUGCCUCUGACUAGCUGGAAAGGAGUAGGGAAAUAACACUGGAUUGGAUUCUAGUUCCAGAUUCUAUGAGAAUAUCCUUGGAGUAGAAGUCUUAGCACAUUUAUCACCCAUUAUUUCUUUUUGAGUACUCUGCAGUCCAUCCCCAUGCUCUUUGCCAGGGUGUCCUUCAUCCUUGGAAUGUAUUCCCUCCUCACAUUUUAAAAUUUUUAGUUUCCUUUAGUCUCUAGUUUCACCUUUAAUGUAUACACAGACACACCCACCUUCAAAACUACUAUUGAAUUCCUCUCCAAAAUUAUUGCAUAUCUGUUUUUAUCUAUAUUUUAUUUUCCCUCAUUGCUGGAAAGUAAGCCCUUUUUUUUAAUCUUCUCUUUCUGUCUUGGAAUCAAUCCAAGUUAUUAAGUAGCCUUUCCGAGGCAGAAGAGCAUUCCCUAAUGCUAAGCAAUUGAAGUUAAACUUGCCCAGGAUCGCAUAGCUAGGGAAGCAUCUGAGAUCAUAUUUGAAUCCAGGACUCCCUGUCUCCAGGAUUGGCUCUCUGUCCAUGAACCAUAUAGCUACCCCUGGAAAAUAAGCCUUUUGAGGAUAGGGACUUGAUUGACUUCUGCAUCCCUAAACCUAGCACAAUGCCUGGCACAAAAACAUAGAUUGAUUGAAAUAUUUAACAGCUUAAAAAUAAUCCAUCUAAUCAUAACAGCAUACCUGACUUCUGGUCAAGGAAAGUGAAAUUUUACUCCCUGUGUUUGGAAAGUGAAAGUAAAUUAGCAUUUCUGGUUUUUCUUAUUGUGGUUUGUGUACCAAGUAUGUAUGACCUUGGUGUAUGAUUCUGAAGUUCCUAUUUAGGAAUCUCAUCCAUUUUUCUUCCAAAACCAAAGUACCUCAGAUCAUUUUCCAUAAUUUCACAUAACAUGUUUUUACUAAAAGUUUGAACAUAGAUGAAAUUGAUGUGUCCAUUAAACAUGCAAAAAGAAUUUGAAGACCUAUUUAGAGUUUAAUUAAAGAAGGCUCUGAGAAUUAGACAAAUUAAAGUUAUUUCUGAUUUAGACUGCUGAAAGCUGUUCAUUUACUUUGUGACAAUUCAAGUGUCAUCCAUAGCUACAGUAGAAUUGGGUCUUGUUUAAUCAUGGGGUUAUAUUUUUUAAGGUUUUAUAGUUUUGGAAAACAUAUAGGGCUAGUAGAGCAAUUAGGAAGCUAAUGAAUGUGUGCUUUCUGCCAAAGAACCCAUUUCAGGGCAUCAAACCACCCUACCACCACCACACCACCCCUUACUCACUUGAGCAUUUUAAAGGCAUUUUUGGAGAUGAGCAAUCACCAAUGCUAUGAAGAUUGAAAAAUUGAGAUUGUGGUUGAAUACUUCUAAAGUUUUCUUUCCACAUUUCAGUGACCUUUUAAGAAAUUACAUUUGAAUGUCAGUUUUUUCUUUUAUAGGUGACUUUUGAUAAUGGCAAGUAAUACUAGAUAACUUAAAAAUAUUAAUUACUAGCUUUGAUUCCACCUAAUUUAAAAGAGGAGUUUUUAACUUGGGUCCACAGGCCCCCAUUAAAUCAUGGAUAGAUUCUGGAGGUCUCUUGGACUUUGUGAAAAAUUUUUUUAGUACUUUUCACUGUCCUCUAACUGAAAUCUAGCAAUUACUUUUAAUUGCAAGAAUGUAGCAACAAACAUUCUGAUAAAGGAGUAGCUUUCAACAGACUACCUCUUUUUUGUGUAGGUUUAAUAACAGACUAUUGAUGUAGACCACAUCUGUAAAUGGAAAGAAAAAAGCACUGCUUUGAUCCUCUUUCAGUAAGAUGGUGACUGAAUUAGUUUUCUGAGGCUUUUUAGCUAUUUUGGAGAAGUACUUUCUGUCUGAAUGAACUUUUUCCUGAAAUGUGCUUCCCUUCUCUAGUAACUUGACCCAGGUUUUUCGCAUAGUACUUUAUUUAGCAGAUAUUUAGUACAUUUACUAUGCCAUAUUUCUUUGUCUCAUUUCUACUAGCCUGUAAGUUCCAUGAGUGCAUGGAUAGUAUUUCUAAUAUCUACUUAAAUAGAUGAAUACUACAGAUUGUGGGGGUGGAGGACCUAUGUUGAAUUAUGUUGAAUUUUUCUGAGAUGGUAUUACAUUUAACAUACAAGUGGUUGUAUUAAAGACAAAAUUUCAAUACAGGUUGAAUCACAUUUUGGCUGCAUAACUCAGUACUUUUCUCUUUGGCCUUUUUCACUGUCCUUUUCCCCUUUAGUGUUCUUGGGGUACCUUGUUUUUGGAAGAAAAAUGGAUGAGAUUGAUAAAAGAUGGUAAGCCAUUAAGAAUCUUUUACACAACUUUGCCACCAGAUGGAGCAAAAUAAAUAUUUUUUCAUUGUAUCUUUCAAUACCAAGUGGUAUUGUAAUCUCUUGUUACUUUAAAAAUGAAUGAAACUGAUGGACCCUGUAUACUUUUUUAAAGUAGGUAAAUAUAUUAAUUCAACAAGCAUUUAUUGAUGACUAUGUUUUGGUACUGUGCUAUAUAGUGAAAAUACAAAGAAUAAAAUAUUCUCUUUCAUCGAGAAGCUUAUAUUCUGCUUGGGAAGAGAAAAGUGAGAUACUACAUUUCCUAAGCUGAGUAGGAGUAUGUGCUAACCAACAAUUGUGAGAAUCUGGAUGGGCCUCCUGUUGGGGAAUCACACAGAUAAAUUAGAAUGAUGUCAUUGAUGAGUCCUAUUUAAUUGCAAGCUAUUCAGGCAACAGAAUUGAGACUAUCACUAUUGUUUUUACAAAUUUUCAAUCUUUGUUUUGUAAGGUUGACCAAAAUUUGUUUUCUUUGAAUUGAGAUGUUUAUAAGAUACUAGAAUCACAGAGAAUUCUACUUUUCCUCUUCUGAUAGCUAGCUUGUAUAUUAAGUUGUAGAUUCUGAAGCAGGUAAAUUGAUAAGAUGAUAGUAAUUUUAAGGGAGGAAAUAAGUGAAAUUUUAAACAGUAAUCAGCCCCCUUAAUUUUGGUAUUUGACCUUUUUGUUAUAGGCAAUAAAGUCUAGUUCAUAUUCUUUACAAAGGGAUUCAGAGGGUAUCUAUGGUAAUAGUAACAAUUUUAGAGCAUCGUGAGGUCAGCUAUACUUAACCAAUAAUUUGGUUUAAUUGUGACUGUAGUUAAUAGGAAGAGCUAAAUGAAUGAUGCCUCAGGGAUAUCUGCAAGUAGAGAAAUUUGAGGAAGGAAAGAACUGAAAUGCAUUGCUUUUAAAUUGGAUUUAAAAAUCAGUGUUUCUGAAAGAAAUAUUAGAAAAUUAAUAUUAGUUCAAUUUGAUUUUUAUGUUGAGAUAAUUUUAUUUUAGGCCAACAGGUAGGUAGGGAAUAAGCAUUUACAUAUAGUAUGUUUUAUGUACCAGGACUAUAGUACUAUCUUAUUUGAUCCUAAAAAUAAUCUGUGAAGGACUCCCCAUUUUACAGUGGAGGCAAACAAAUUCAGUGACUACUGGGGUCAUACAACUAGUAUAAGUGUCUGAGGUAGGAUUUAAACUCAGGUUUUCUUAAUUCCAAGCUCAUGCUCUCUGUUCACGAUAUCAUCUAUCUACUAAUAGGUAUAAUGCUGUUCAUUUAAUUGCAACUUUUUGUAAUUACUCAAAGCCUUAUUAAAUUUAAAAUAGUGUGACAUGUUUAGUAACCAACAAAAGAGAGGGUCAUAAGAUUAUAGGAUUUAGAGCUAUAAGGGACAUCAGACGUCACCAUAUUUAUCUCCUCAUCUCAUAGACAAGGAAACUGAGGUCCUUGGGGGUUAAGUGAUUUGCCCAAGGUCAUUCAGGCAAUAAAACAGGGAACUCUAUAAAACCUGUGAUUUGGCCUUAUUCCAUAUAAUAGUAAAGAUAUUUUAUUUUUACCAAUUACAUGUAAUAACAAAUUCCACAUAAGUUUUCCGUAGUUGUAUAUUCCAAAUUGUCUCCUUCCGUCUCUCCUCCCAGACCUGGCAAGCAAUUCAGUCUGGGUUAUACAUGUAUUAUCAUGCAACACAUAUUUCCAUAUUCUUUUUUGUAAGAGAAUAAUCCUAUAAAAUUGAAGCCCCCAAACAAAAACCCAAAUAAACUUAAGUGAAAAAUUGCAUGCAUUGAUCUGCAUUCCAAUUUUAGCAGUUUUUUCUCUGGAGGUGGAUAGCGUUCUUUGUCAUAAAUUCCUCAGAAUUGUCCUGAAUCAUUGUAUUGCUGAGAGUAGCUCAAUAUUGCUGUUAAUGUGUACAGUGUUCUCCUGGUUCUGCUUAUUUCAUUCUGCAUCUGUUCAUGUAGGUCUUUCCUUAUUCCAUAAUUUUGUAGAUUCUUAAAGGAAUGUUCCUAUUUUUUUAAGAUUACAUUUAAAAAACUAUAAUAUAUGAUUUUUUCAUGAUCUUCUACAGUAAGUAAAGUAGCCUAAAACAAAAAUAGCUAUCUUGAUUUACCUUUGACUUGUCCAAGGUAAAGAGAGAUAAGAGAUUACAAAGGAGGAAUACUUACUGUUUCUUUAAAAAGAAUGCUUUGGAAUGUUACAGUGUAGAUUCCAAAGUAACUAGGGGAAAUAGCAGUUGUUUAAGGAAAAGUCAGUUGGAGUGAAUUUGAGGAAUAGGUAAGAUGUGUGAAACCUGAGCUCCAGGGCUACACUUAUAGAACUCUGGUAUUCCUGUGAUGGAACAUGCUGUAAAUCCAGAAUCAUCAGUGGCAUUUAAAUCUGAGUCAAGCUUGGACAAUAUGGAAAGUAAUUCCCAAGGCUUGGAUGAUAAAGGUGACCCAAGCAAUGAUGAGGCUCCAAAAGCAAUUAAGCCCACAAGUAAAGAGUUUAGGAAAACGUGGGGUUUUCGAAGAACUACUAUUGCUAAACGUGAGGGUGCAGGAGAUGCUGAAAUAGAUUCACUUGAUCAGCAACCACAGCAGCAGCAACAAAGCCUCUCCCUUCGUCGAAGUGGGCGGCAGCCCAAGCGAACCGAAAGAGUAGAAGAAUUUCUUACAACAGUUAGAAGGAGAGGAAGAAAAAAUGUUCCUGUUACCCUGGAAGAUUCAAGUGAACCAGCCUCCUGUCCAGUUACAGAUGUAGAAACUGCUUCUGAAGGGAGUGUGGAAAGCACUCCUGAAACUAAAACUGGUCAGAAGUCUGACUCCAGGAAUGUUAAGAGUCAGUCUACUAUAGUUGCAAAAGGAACAAAGGAGGAGGAGGAGGAGGAAGAUGACACUUCUGAUAGUGAUAGUGAUGGAUUGACUUUGAAAGAACUUCAAAAUCGUCUUAGAAGAAAACGUGAACAAGAACCCUCUGAAUUGACCCUAAAGGGUAUACAAAAUCGCCUAAGGAAGAAACGUCGUGAAGAGGAUCCCACAGAAACUGUUGAUGUUGAGGCAGGUAACACUGUGGAAACUGAAGUGCCCAGUAAGCAAGAGCCUGAAACAGUGGAUCAAGUACCUAUGCCCCAGGAGUCUAAAGAAGAACAGGACAUUAAGUUGGAGGGGAAGGUUCCUCAGGGAAUCAAAGAUGAAGAACCUGAAGAGCUAGUGAAGCGGAAACCUGAAUGUGAGGUUUAUGACCCUAAUGCAUUAUAUUGCAUUUGUCGGCAGCCUCAUAACAAUAGAUUUAUGAUUUGUUGUGACCGUUGUGAAGAAUGGUUUCAUGGCGAUUGUGUAGGGAUUUCUGAAGCUCGUGGGAGGCUUUUGGAAAGGAAUGGGGAAGAUUACAUCUGUCCAAAUUGCACUAUUCUGCAAGUACAGGAUGAGACUGCUUCAGAAUCUGAUCAGCAGGAAGCUAAGUUUAGGCAUGAAAAUGCUGAUGGCACAGAACUAACAAGUAUAGGAACAAUAGAACAAAAAUCCAGUGAAGAUCAAGGAAUCAAAGGUAGAAUUGAAAAAGCUGCCAAUCCGAGUGGCAAGAAAAAGCUCAAAAUAUUUCAACCUGUUAUUGAGACUCCUGGUGCCUCAAAAUGUAUUGGUCCUGGUUGUUCCAGUGUGGCUCAACCUGAUUCAGUAUAUUGUAGUAAUGAUUGUAUUCUUAAACAUGCUGCAGCCACCAUGAAAUUUCUGUCUGCUGGCAAAGAACCAAAACCAAAAGUAAAAGAAAAGCCGAAACUGAAACCCGAAAAAUGCAAUCUUCCAAAAUCUGGUGUUCAGGCAGGUAUUAAAAUUUCUUCUGUCCAGAAGAGGCCAGCUCCUGACAAAAAAGAAAACAUUGCAAAGAAAACUGUGGUGACGACACCUAGGAAUGAAGGACUUGUUAAGGAAACAACUUCAGAAAGCAGCACACCAUCCUGGGCAAGCGAUCACAAUUACAAUGCAGUAAAGCCAGAAAAGACUGCUGCCAUUUCAUCAUCACUGUUAUAUAAAUCCAUGAAAGAAGAGAAAAGAAUGGAAGAUAAAAUGGCCACACCCCUUCCAGUGACAAAGAAAGUCAUUCCUUCAACUUCAACUUCAACUUCUGUUGUUGGCAAACAGACCUCUUCUUUGCCUAGAAAUUUAGUUUCAAAGAAGGCCCCUUCUUUUAUUAAUGCUUCAGUUACUAAGCAAGCCGUUAAAAAUUCACCUGGAGGUUUCAAAGGUGUCAUCCCCAAGAAGUCAUGGUUGUCUGGCAGUCCAUCAGGCAAUGUUUCAAAUACCAAACAGUCAGGAUUGGCUUCUGCUUCUGUAGCAUCAGCUUCUAAAAAAUUAAAUGUUUCUUCUACAUUAGCUGGAGGGCCUAGAAAGCCAGUAACACCUACUGCUAAUCCUGCUUCCUCAUCCACUACAGGAAAAUCGGGAGCUAGUCCUUCCCAGUCCCAACCUAAUUCUCAAAUUCGACAAAAUAUAAGACGAUCCUUAAAGGAGAUUUUAUGGAAAAGAGUCAAUGAUAGUGAUGACUUAAUCAUGACAGAAAACGAAGUAGGAAAAAUUGCUCUACAUAUUGAAAAGGAGAUGUUCAACUUAUUUCAAGUUACAGAUAAUCGGUACAAGAGUAAAUAUCGCAGCAUCAUGUUUAAUCUCAAGGAUCCUAAAAAUCAGGGACUUUUCCAUCGGGUUCUUCGUGAAGAAAUCUCUCUGGCAAAACUUGUGAGAAUGAAACCUGAAGAACUUGUAUCUAAAGAAUUAUCAAUGUGGAAAGAAAAGCCAACAAAAUCUAUGAUAGAAUCCAGAAAUAAAUUGCACAGUGAGAGCAAAAAGUCUGUCAUGAAACAGGAAGCCAUACCAGAUAUGGAAGAUUCUCCACCAGUGUCAGACUCAGAUGAACAAGAAUUGGCACGAGCUGUGCCUGAAAAAAGUAGUGCUCCUCUUCUUGAUGUUUUUAGUAGUAUGUUGAAAGACACAACAAGUCAACAUCGGGCUCAUCUUUUUGAUUUGAACUGUAAAAUUUGUACAGGUCAGGUUCCAUCAUCUGAAGAUGAACCAGCCCCAAAGAAACCAAAACUGUCUGCUUCUGUUAAGAAGGUGGAAUCAAAAUCAAAAUUUGACAGCUCUGGUUCUGGGCUAGUUACUAAUGCUGUUGAUGAAUUAAUAUCUGAAGCAACAGUUGAAAAUACUUUGGAACCAGAAGUUGAAAGUAUUUCCCAACUGAAUUUAGAAAGAAAUUAUUUUCCUGUACCACUUGGGCAUGGUAAUGUAGAACCCUCUUCAAUGGAAGAAAAUUCAUUAUAUCCAAUCUCCUCCUCUGCUGGGGUUGUCACUACUGUAACAGUAUCUGGUAGGGAUCCCAGAACAGCACUAAGCAGUUCAGCUACUAUCAAUACCUCAGCAUCACGUCCUGGCUCUGGCCCUCUGACUGACAAGCUAUUGACUGGAGAAACAAAACAAGAAGUGCUGAAACCUGUUUUGACACCCACAGCAGUACCAAAAUCCAUAUUGGCCAAGCCCUCAUCUUUGCCGGACCCCAGAUACUUACCAGUUCCUCCAUCACCAAAUAUUAAUAUUCCAGAGUCACGAUCCCCUCAAGAAGGAGAUACUUCCCUCUUUCUCUCUCGUCUCAGCACCAUUUGGAAAGGAUUUAUUAACAUGCAAAGUGUAGCGAAGUUUGUCACUAAGGCAUAUCCUGUCUCUGGGUGUUUUGACUAUCUCAGUGAGGACCUGCCAGAUACAAUUCACAUUGGUGGGAGGAUUUCACCCAAGACUGUUUGGGACUAUGUUGGCAAACUCAAAUCUUCUAUAUCAAAGGAGCUGUGCUUGAUUCGUUUUCAUCCUGCAACAGAAGAAGAAGAAGUUGCCUAUAUUUCUCUCUACUCCUAUUUUAGCAGCCGUGGUCGUUUUGGGGUUGUAGCUAAUAACAACAGGCACAUCAAGGAUCUCUACUUGAUUCCACUGAGUGCUAAGGAUCCCAUUCCAUCAAAACUCUUGCCCUUUGAGGGACCAGGUCUUGAGUCACCACGUCCAAAUAUAAUACUGGGAUUAGUAAUCUGUCAAAAAGUAAAGCGACCUUCAAAUGCUGGAGAGUUGGAUAAGAUGGAAGAAAAAAGAAGCAAAAUUCAAACACAGGAAGAAAUUGAAGUUUCAGUCUAUCCCAAAGGAGUUACAUCUUCCCAGUCUGAAAAGAAACAAUCAAAGUAUCAGCUCUAUUCUGCAGAUACUAGUGUUAGUACCACACCACCUGGAUCCCCACCACCACCACCUCCUCCACCACCACCUCCUCCACCACCCCUCCCGGAUCCACCAGCAUCAUCAUCAGUAUUAAAAAUAUUGUCAUCACUUAAAACAGGGACUACAAACACCACAACUCCAUCAGUUUCAUCAGCAACUAUUACAACUACAACUUCCUCCCCUGGUAACUCAUCUAGUUCAAAAACAGCCUCACCCCUAGAACACAUCUUGCAAACUCUUUUUGGAAAGAAGAAAUCAUUUGACUCGGCUACUAAGGACUCUGAACUUACUUCAACGUUAAACCAAGAAUCAAAGAUGGAUGAAGGUGUUCCAGCAACUCCUUUGUUAGAUCCAAUUGUUCAGCAGUUUGGCAAAAUGUCAAAAGAUAAAUCUCUAGAGGAAGAAGAGGAUGAUAGACCAUAUGAUCCUGAAGAAGAAUAUGAUCCAGAGAAAGCUUUUGAAACUCAAAUUACUGAAAGUGAAAAACGAUAUGACAUUGAAAAACCUUCUGAAUUAUCAGAGAAAGAAGAUGUGGCUUAUGACCCAGAAGAUGAAACUAUUUUAGAGGAAGCUAAAGUUACUAUUGAUGACUUACCCAAUAAAAUGUGCACAGAUAAUAAAAAUUCCACAGAGAGGCCAUCUGAAUAUGUGACUGAUAUCUCUGCUCCCUCUUCCUUAGUAGAACAGCAAAAAAUGCUAGAAGAACUAAAUAAGCAAAUAGAGGAGCAGAAGAGGCAACUAGAAGAACAAGAAGAAGCACUUAGGCAGCAAAGGGCUGCAGUUGGUGUUUCAAUGGCUCACUUUUCAGUGUCAGAUGCAUUGAUGUCACCACCUCCAAAAUCAUCUUUGACAAAGACUGAAAUAUUUCAGCAAGAGCAACAAAAUGCAGAUAAAUCAGAUUCAUCUUCAAUAUCAAGUCAGUUAGCUCAUUCAGGAAACCAAAGUUCAGAUCUAAGACAAAGUAGGGAUCCACGACAGGCUCGGAGAAUAGCUACAGAGAAUAAUGAAAAUGAAAAUUUGCUAAAGCCACUUUCCAGUUCCUCACAUAGUGGGACAUCUAUGAGAGAACCUCCUGCAGCUGUUAAUUUGGGUCAGUUGCCUACACCAUCGCAAGAAGAAAAAGAAUUGAAUCCAGUUACUCAGUUGGUAUACAGUAAUGAUAAGUGGGUUACAGGUGAAAAAGCUACUGUUCUUGAUCAGGAUGGACAGAAUGAUAAAAGUGAAAAUUCAGACAACACAGCCAAACAUCACUUAGAAAAUGCUCAUCCAUCAAUAUCAGAAGUUUCAUCUAAACCUUUACGAAAAGUACUCCUUCCAACACCUCCCAAUACAUCUUUUCAACCAAAUUUCCCAGUGCAAAAUGAUGGGCAGACUUUUAAUUCACCAGCUGGAGCAAGUGGCCCUUUCUCAAAUACAGUAUUUUCAUCUCAGGAAAAAUCUCUUGGUUCGUCCCAGUAUGAAGAUAGGAGAAAUCCUCAGUUUGUGGAAAAAAAUGAUUCCUCAGCUGUUCAGGAUGAGGGAGAAAGAGGUUCACAAUCUAAACUUGAUGAUAACAGAGUUCUUUCAUUUCCUUUAUCUGGACUGAAAGGAGGUCCACCUCAAUCACAAUUUCAGGGACAAAAUGAACCUGCAUCAAGGAAUUAUGGAGCAACUUCAGGACCUCAUGGACCCAACUUUCCAGGCCCAAGGGGACCAACACCUCAGUUUUCAGAAGAGAAUAAUUCUGGUACUGAUGGACAAAGAGGGCCUUCAUCUGCCAGGUUUGGGGGACAGAAGGCACCUAUUCCUUCAUUAUUCUCUGGACAACAUGGACCACCUCCUUUUGGUGACAGCAGAGGUCCUUCACCUUCUUAUCUUGGUGGACCUAGAGGAGUGGCGCCAUCACAAUUUGAAGAUCGAAGGGAUCCCCAUGGAGAAAAAAGGGAAUUCCAAGAUUCCCAGUAUAGUGAUAUGACCAGCCCUCCACAGUUUGAGGGGCCAGAACAAUCUCAGUUUAUGGGAAAUAGAGGCCCGGCACCUUUCCCAUUCGGAGGACAAAGAAGACCUCUACUAUCUCAGUUUAAAGGACCCCGAGGAGGCCCUCCUCCUAAUCAGUUUGGAGGUCAAAGAGGACCACCACCUGGCCAUUUUGUGGGGCCAAGGGGUCCCCAUCCCAACCAAUUUGAAGGCCCUCGGGUUCCCCAUCCCACUCAGUUUGAAGGCCCUCGAGGUCCCCAUCCCAACCAGUUUGAAGGUCCCCGGGGACCCCAUCCCAAUCAAUUUGAAGGUCCCCGGGGACCCCAUCCCAACCAGUUUGAAGGUCCCCGGGGACCCCAUCCCAACCAGUUUGAAGGGCCCCGGGGACCCCAUCCCAAUCAGUUUGAAGGUCCCCGGGGGCCCCAUCCCAACCAAUUCGAAGGCACCAGGGGUCCCCAUCCCAACCAGUUUGAAGGGCCCCGGGGUCCUCAUCCCAAUCAAUUUGAAGGUCCUCGAGGCCCAGCACCAAACUUUAUGCCAGGACCAAGGGUUAUUCAACCACAGCAAUUUGAAGAACAAAGAGUAAAUUCACCACCAAGAUUUGCAAACCAGAGAGGUCCAACACCCCUUCAGUUUGGGCCAAGAGGAGCUGCUCCAUUUUCAGAAAAAAAUGAACAGCCUCCUUCAAGAUUUCACUUUCAGGGGCAAUCUCCACAGGGUAUAAAGCCUGCUCCAAGACCACUACUUGAACUUCCAAGCCAUCCACCACAACACAGGAAGGAGAGAUGGGAAGAAGCUGGUCCAUCUGCUCCUUUACCAACAAAUGUAUCUGGACAGGCCUCAGAAUCAGAAUCACAAUGGCCAUCAUCUGAUUUCCGAGAUGGCAAAAGUCAUGAAUAUAGAAAUCAGGCUUUUGAAGGGAGACAGCGAGAAAGAUUUGAAGGAGGCACAAAAGAAAAGUCAUCAGAUGAACCUGAAACUCAGCUCUCAGAAAAUAGACAAGGUAGAGGUUUUGAAGAUAGAAGAAGGGACCGAGAUCAUGGGAAACCUUGGGAAAGGGAUCGUGGCCGAAAUUGGAGUAGAGAUAGGGAAAGAGAUUGGGACAGAAACAGAGACUGGGAAAGACACCGGGAAAAAGACUCUAAUCGAGACUGGGACAAAAAUAAAGAAAGGAAUCCAAAUAGGGAUAAAGAGAGGGAAUCUGAACGCAACAAGGAAUGGGAAAGGAACAGAGAGAGAGGCAGAAAUAGAGAUCGGGACCGUGAAAGAGACCGAGACAGAAGACGAGAUCGAGACAGAUCAAGAAGCAGAGACAGAGAUCGUGAUCGAACAAGAGAAAGGGACAGAGAACGAGAUAGGGACCGAGAAAAGGAGAGAGAACGAGAUAGAGGAAAAGACCGUAAAGACAGAAGUAAAAGUAAAGAAAGUAGUAGGGAUUCAAAGCCAGAAGAACAGAAAGAAGUUCAAAAACCAGCUGAAACAGAAGGUUCAUCAACUUCUAUUCAAACAUAAAUAUUUGAGAGUAAUUUACUCCCCGUACUUAUGUGACGUGUGUGUGUGUAAAUAUUUAUGGAAAAGACUUCACGUGGGGUUUACCUGUAUAUACUCAAUGUUGGGGGGGGGGGUCUCUUUUAAAGCCAGCCUUACAAAAUGUGUUCAAGGAAAAUAGUUUUUGAAACUGCUAUGAAAUCAGAUGGAGUGGAACCAUUCUGGACUUCAACUUACUGUAAUUUUUUGUACAAUAUGUUUUCUUACGAAAUUUCACAUCUUUACAAUUCUGAAAUGAUUUUUUUACUUAACUCUUAAAAUUUCCAUUUAAAAUUAAUACAGAAAUGGGAAAAAGUAUAAAAAGCAUAUUGCUUUUUUCAGAUUAAAAAGUUAUGUUUUCCAAUAACUUGACUGUAUUGUAAAACUUUUAAGGGAACUUCAUUGGACCUUAGGAGCCAUACCUUUACUUACAUCUCACAUGUAGUAUUUCUGCGUAAAUUUUUUUUUACAGGUUUCAUAGUAUGUGCUUUACAAGAGGGCCAUGUAUUUCUGUCCUAUGCUGAUUUUACUGUAGGUGGACUGCAUGUAUUUAUGAAGUGAUUGUGAAAGAACACAGUAUUAGUAGUUUGUAAUUAAUGGAGUGUUAAGAAAUACAAAGCUUCUAUCAGUGACACUAUCUUUUCAAUGUAAAGGAUAGCGUUCAACCAGGAAACAAACUAAAAAGAAAAAUCUGACUUUUCCCCUUGAUUUUUCUGUUGCCUUAUAAAAAUACUGAGUUUGAUAAGAUCCAUAUCUCCCAGUAGAAAUCUUUCAAGCUUUUAAAUGUCAGUUAAUUAGAAAAUGUUUAAAUUCUACAAACACAAGCAAAAAAGUUAGAAACCAAUUAAGUAUAUAUUUUAAACUGUUUCUUUGAUUUGAAUAAUCAGGAACAUUUCGUUUGUAGAAUAGUGCUUUUUCAGCAGUUUGUCAGUAAUUUCAGGCAAAAUCUACCUAGCUUAAAAUUGCUAACAUUUGUCAAUCUACAAUACUGAUGGUGUAUGUAAAAGUUUACCACUUAAAACAGAAAAAUGUUUGCAUAAAGUUGAUGAAAGGAAAAGUGACAUAAGUUGAAGUACUACAAACUUAAGUGGAAAGCUUUUUCACUGUGAAAUACAGUAUACCGCUUCUUUUCAUCUAUUUUUCAAGUACUAAAGUGUGAAAUAGAGAAAACCUUGCUAAUUUAUUUGACUGUACAAAUACACUUUGAUAAUUUUUUUAUAUUUUCAUAAACUACUUUUGCAAAUAUAAAUUAGAAAAUAUUAUCAUUUGCUUCUUGGGGUCUAUUACUCCACUUACACAUCACUACGGAUUUUACAGUUUAUAUAGGCACAGAUUUUUAAGUUCUAAAGCCAUCAGGAACUUAGUAAUUUGGAUGAUUUGUAUCAUAAAACAAGAGUUAGAAUGUUAAAUAGGUGUAAAGCUCAAACAUCUAAUAUGAUGUAAGUUUUUUAAAAAAAACUAAACUAUUUCUAAUUUAAAUACACAAAUGUAAAAAAAAUCAAGUGUGUUUGUUUAGGUUUACUUGAUAGAAAUUUCUGUAAAUUGUAUUUUAUAUUGCAAAGUAUAUCAUUGUACAUUAAAACAUGGAACUUCAUAGGUUUUUGUUACUGUAAUUAGAAUAAACAUCUACAGAAUGUU